GAAGGCCUAGACAUCAUCACCAACAAGGUUUCUGCCCAAGAGCAGAGAAUGUGCCAGCACCACAUGAUCAGCUUUGUGGAUCCUCUCGUGACAAAUUACACAGUUGUGGAUUUCAGGAACAAGGCAACUGCUCUGAUAUCCUUAGGAAAGACAGCAACUAGGUUCGGUGGGUGCCAGGCAGUCCAAGCCAAGAAAGAAGUUUUCAUUUCAGUGACAGUUUCUUCUAAGCCAAGACUUAAGAAGAACCAGUAGGCAGCACCCCCAUCAGAACUAUAUGGAUCAAAAGAUACAGUACCCUUGCUUCUCAGAGUGUUGUCAGACUGCAGUACCAGCCAUCCCUUGGGUGCUUAUUAGAAAUGCUGAAUUUGGGCCUCACUCCAGAACUACUGAAUCAGAAUCUGCAUUUCACAAGAGUCCCAGACAAGUAAAUGAAUGUGGUUUCUUGCUAAUACCUCCUUCCCAAGUGAGUCAGGAUGCUCUUCUUGAUAUUAAAUAUUGUGAUGUCUUUCUUAACAUUCACAUUGAAGAUAUAUUUGCCCGAGACAAAAUUCCUAUUGUCGUGGGAGGAACCAAUUAUUACAUUGAAUCUCUGCUCUGGAAAGUUCUUGUCAAUACUAAGCCCCAUGAGAUGGGCACCAAGAAAUUGACCGACCGAAAAGAGCUUGAGAAGGAGGAUGGCCACGUCCUCCACAAACGCCUAAGCCAAGUGGACCCAGAAAUGGCUGCCAAGCUGCACCCCCAUGACAAACGCAAAGUGGCCAGGAGCUUGCAAGUGUUUGAAGAAACGGGGAUCUCUCAUAGUGAAUUUCUUCAUCGUCAACAUGCAGAGGAAGGUGGUGGUCCCCUUGGAGGCCCUCUGAAGUUUCCUAACCUUUGCAUCCUCUGGCUUCAUGCUGACCAGACAGUUCUAGAUGAGCGCUUGGAUAAGAGGGUGGAUGACAUGCUUGCUGCUGGGCUCUUGGAUGAACUAAGAGAUUUUCACAGACGCUAUAAUCAGAAGAAAGUUGCAGAAAAUAGCCAGGACUAUCAACACGGUAUCUUCCAAUCCAUUGGCUUCAAGGAAUUUCACGAGUACCUGGUCACUGAGGGAAAAUGCACACCAGAGACUAGUAACCAGCUCCUAAAGAAAGGUAUUGAGUCUCUGAAACAAGUGACUAAGAGAUAUGCCCGGAAGCAAAACCGAUGGGUUAAAAACCGAUUUUUGAGCAGACCUGGUCCCAGUGUCCCCCCAGUAUAUGGCUUAGAAGUAUCUGAUGUCUCGAAGUGGGAAGAGUCUGUUCUUGAACCUGCUCUUGAAAUCGUGCAAAGUUUCAUCCAGGGCCACAAGCCUGCAGCUGCUCCAGUAAAGAUGCCAUGCAAUGAAAUGGAGAACAAGAGAAGUUACCACAUGUGUGACCUCUGUGAUCGAAUCAUCAUUGGGGACCGUGAAUGGGCAGCACAUAUAAAAUCCAAAUCCCAUUUGCACCAACUGAGGAAGAGAAGAAGAUUGGACUUGGAUGCUCUUGCUACCAUUGAGAGUCAGAGUAUUUCUCCAGACUGUGACAAAGAGCCCGAAGAGAAAGGGUCCCCAGGGAAGAAUGAGAAAGAGCUGAAAUCUGGUGUUUAAAGAGAAAUGUCCAGUAGUAGCCUUUGCACAGGUAGGGACCCAGUUCAGGAGGGAGGGUUAUGUCUGUGUCCCUGUCUGGACUGAGGAGUGCUACGCAGAAAGCCCCCACGAUUUUCUUUCUACAGUGGUGUAGUUUCAGUGUUCUUUGUCAUGGAAACAGCAGGACUUGUUAGCUCCCUGUUUGGCUGAUGUGCCUGGUAAUGAUGAUUUUUGGAAGGAAUUUUUUUUCUUUCAACCCAAAAGGUUCUAUUUUUGAAAGAGGCACAGAUUGCACUUUUUAAUACUUGAGGAUCUUUUUGGUAAUGAAUACCUGAAUUUCCUAUAUCCCUUAAAAAAGAAGUUUUAUGUCCCUGACUGUGGCUAAAAAUAUCUCAUUUCCACUUCUAUAAAAGAUGACUGAAGUAUUGUGAGCCACAAAUCAGGAGUUCUGGAUUUGGGUGAAUGGCAGGAAAGGCCCAGCCCCAGUGAGAUGAUUAAGUGAACUCAGCCAGUUGUUGGAUUACACUGAGAAGGAGAGAAGGAGGUGGUCAUGAUGUGGCUUGAAAACUAAAGACUUUGACAUUUGUUGAGCUCCUCCUGUGUGUAAUUACUAUCACUGCUAUCUUUUUAUUGAGUUAAGAGUCUAUAUUUUUAUUAAAAGUUAAAUAAAGAAAAAGUUUCUAGGA